GUUUAUAGUGAAACAUCGUGAGAAUCUUCUGGCUCCGAUUUUCAUCAAUUUUCUCAAAUAUUUUCCACUUUUAAACCCAAAAAAUGGGAGAAGUCGACGCACUGCCCUACAUUGAUCAGGGUUAUGACAGUACCGGAGUCCGGGAAGCGGCUGUCGCGAUGGUUGAGGAAGAAUGCCGGCGGUACCGACCGACAAAGAACUACCUAGAAGCCCUUCCUCCCCUGGACAACUCUUCUUUUGAGACUCCUGCCAUGGCACAUGAAUUCGAGCGCCUGCAAAAUCGUCUCCCGAUGGAAACGCUCAGCAUGAAGAGGUACGAACUGCCUCCUCCGCCUCCUGGGAAACUCUCUGAACUCAAUGCCUGGAAUGACAGCAUUUCCAAUUCCAUGGCUCAGUUGGAGCAUCAAUCAGUGCGGACAAUCAACCUGGAGCUGAUGCUGGAGUAUGGCUGUGAAUCCUGGAAGGCCUACUUGGACAUUCUCACGUACAUGCAGGCGAGAUCCCAGGCUCGGCUGCAGGAACUGCAGAAGGAGAUUCAGGAGGUGAACUGGAACAGGAAGUCGAAGCAAAUGCAGGCUGGAGAGAAGCUGAGGGCUCUUGAGGCUCAGUGGGUGAUGCUAGUGUCAAAGAAUUACGAGAUUGAGCAAGUUUGUGCGAAGCUGGAGGAGAAGAUCAUGGCUCAGAAGGAACUUAUGGACAAGGCAGAUGAUUAAACAAAUUAUUUUUAUUAUUUUAAUAUAAUUUCAAAUAAAUUAAGGUUUUUGAAGGAU